CCUUCAGUUACAGUCCGUCAGUGCCUCUCUGAGGUGGUUAGUUAGCUAGCUAGUGGCUGUUAUCCUGGACUUGUGUGCGAGGUGCAAGAGUUAGAGUUAGCUGUAGAGCAUCGUUAUCCUUGUUAGCUGGCUAGCUGACUGUCUAAUGUCGCUAUAGCAAAGUAGUGACCUGCCUUAGCUGGGGCGAUGACCAGAGUCCGCUUGAUUUUCGCAUAUUUCAGUGGACUGCUGCUGGUGGGUGUCAGAGUUUUUGCCAGUCGCGGAGGUUCGCCUUUAUUUACCGAUGAGAUCCCUUUCAAGAUCAACUGGCCUGGGGAAGAUUUCACCCUGCCAACUUCUGGACCACUUUAUAAAGAAGAUGACUUCGUUAUAAUGACAACUACUGAGAAAGAGAAAUACAAGUGUUUAUUACCUUCUCUGUCUGGUAGUGAUGAGGAUGAUGAGAAGGAGUACACAGGGCCUGGCCCAGCUGUGCUCCUUGCACCAUUAUUCAAACAGAGCAGCUGCUCAUAUCGGAUUGAGUCCUAUUGGACCUAUGAGGUGUGUCACGGGAAGCAUGUGAGGCAGUACCAUGAGGAGAAGGAGACGGGCCAGAAACUCAGCAUUCAAGAGUACUACUUAGGAACCAUGCCAAGUAAGCCGGCUGAUGCUAUGGCAGAAUCAGAAGAUAAAGUUGAGGACACUGCCAAAGAAAGAUCAGAUAUCAACAGAGAGGUGCUCACGAAAAAGGUGGAAGGCCAGGAGACACCCUACUACCCGGUGAACAUGGGCAACGGAACACCGUGUGUCCUCAGGCAGAACAGGCCGCGCUCCGCCUCUGUACUAUACGUGUGCCACCCCGAGGCCAAGCAUGAGAUCCUCUCCAUCGCGGAGAUGACCACAUGCGAGUACGAGGUGGUGGUGCUCACCCCACUUCUGUGUGCUCAUCCCAGAUACAGGUUCAAGACAUUCCCAGUGAAUGAUAUCUUUUGCCAGGCCCUGUCGGGCUCCCCCCUCAAACCACACAGUCUCUCUGAGCUAGACCAGCAACAGGAGCAACUGCUGCGACCUCCCUUUGGCUCUGUUGAGAGGGAGGAGGAGACGUCCCCUGUUCGGGAAGAAGCCUACACCUCUACCCACAAACCCCUAGCUGUGGGCGGCCAAGCCCAGGUCACAGUGGGCACCACUCACAUCUCCCGCCUAACCGACGAACAGCUCAUCAAGGAGUUCUUAAGCGGCUCGUACUGUCUUCAUGGGGGGGUGGGAUGGUGGAAAUACGAAUUCUGUUAUGGAAAACAUGUCCACCAGUAUCAUGAGGACAAAGAACAGGGAAAGAAUCUAGUGGUGGUGGGUAAUUGGAAUCGCAGAGAGCAUUUAGAGUGGGCCCGGAAGAACGUGGCUCGCACCUACCAGCUCCGAGAGGACACAACACAGAGAGUCAAGGUGGUGUCUCACUUCUAUGGCCAUGGAGAUGUGUGUGACCUGACAGGGAAGCCCAGGCAGGUCAUAGUGAAGCUCAAGUGUAAGGAAUCAGAGUCCCCUCACGCUGUUACCGUGUAUCUGCUGGAGCCCCAAACAUGCCAGUAUAUUCUUGGGGUUGAGUCUCCAGUGAUCUGUAAGAUUCUGGACACUGCUGAUGAGAAUGGUCUUCUCUCUGUCCCUAGCUACAAAUAACCAACAAAGAUGAGUAAUGAACAUGUACUUGCAGAAAAUGUUAUACUUGGUGGAAGAUGUACAUUUUUGAAGGGAAAGAGGCUUGGCCGAGGCUUUGGAGCAAGGAUCACGGGGACAACGGAGAACCGUGGGAACCCUCAUUGUCCCUUUAAGAAGAAUGAGGUCUCUCUCCACACUGAGUUCUGGAGGAAAUCUCUGUCCUGCAUAACAACAGGGGCCUUCCUGGAAGUUAAUUUAUUUUGUAAAUGUGGCUGGAUGUCUUCAGGGGAUGGAAAAAAGGAGAAAAUGAAAACUUAUUAACUCCUGGAGGUCUUCUUAUUUUGGCACAUUUUAACGACUGGCCGUUGGUCAUGCACUGCAGAUAUCUUUGUGCAUUUAAUUGAAUCACUCGUUUAUUUGUCUGAUGGGUAAUCUGUUGGGUUGUUUUAACUGUUGCUAUUUAUUUCACAUUUCUGUUUCUGAUUACAUGCUGGUAGUUGGCAUUUUGCACUAGGAAGUGUUUAAUUACGUAAUCCCAGGAGCCAACAAUUCAAGAAGCGAUCUGAUCAAUGAAAAAUAUAAGGAGAGAUGCCUUGUUCAGUAAAUGGAGAAGUUUUAUUACUGUAUACUCAAGCAGUUGAGCUGAUUACCAAAUGUCAGUAAUACUGUCAUAUCAUAGGAUGGCUGAGCCCGUAUUCCAUUCUUUUGAAAUUGUCAGUUUUGUGUUCAUUCUUCUCUAUUUUAACUGCAUACUGGUAGUGGGUCAAAUUAAUUAAAAGAUUUAAUGUAUUAUAAAAUGAGGUAUUUUUUCUCAUACCUUACAUUUCGGUAAUUAAAAUGCCUGGAAAUAUACAAGAGGAAAACUUUUUACUUUUGCUUCAUACUUUUACUGAAAAGUGCUUGAGAUUCAGUUAAACAAAGAAUAACAAAUAGCUUUUUUUUUUUUCUUCAGCUGUGUUGAAAUUUUUCACCAUGCAAAAAAUGUGCAUUGUAUACAUGUGAGUAUACAGUAUACACACAACUAGACUAAAAUUCAGGGAUGUUGGUGUGGGUUUUGAUUGCAUAUUUUUCCUGACAAAUUAAAAAUGGGAAAUUAACCAGGAAAAA